AUGCCACAUACACAAGAAACAUCAAUCCUAAAGAAACGAGAACAAAAAAUCCGGUUGAUAUCACAUCACAAUUUAAAUUUGACAGAACAACAUGAAAGAUUUCUUUUGUUCAUUGAUGAACUUCUUAAUAUAAAAGAGUACUUACAUGAAUAUCUUACAGUUGAAAUACGCAGAGAACUUUUUAGGAAGAAAAAUAGAAAAAUUGAUGAAUUUUCUUUUCAAUUCUGCAAGAGUCUUCGUCUCGUAGAAUUAAAUCCAAUCGCCCGACACGCAAUUUCCCUUAAAGAUUUUUAA